AGAGAAGGAGGGACUUCGCUCUCGGAAGUGAUACACGUGCUUCCGCUCUAGCCGGCCAGGGCACAGGAGUAGAUUAUAGUAUAUGCGGGAAGUUGGGGUCGCCGUGCACAUUGUGAUCUGUCCCAGGCUGUGGAUUAGGAGACCAGAAGGAGAUCCCUUCCACGGAGUACGGCUGAGAUGGAUCCCCUCAGGGCCCAACAGCUGGCUGCGGAGCUGGAGGUGGAGAUGAUGGCCGAUAUGUACAACAGAAUGACCAGUGCCUGCCACCGGAAGUGCGUGCCUCCCCAUUACAAGGAAGCAGAGCUGUCCAAGGGCGAGUCGGUGUGCCUGGACCGGUGUGUCUCCAAGUACCUGGACAUCCAUGAGCGGAUGGGCAAAAAGUUGACAGAAUUGUCUAUGCAGGAUGAAGAGCUGAUGAAGAGGGUGCAGCAGAGCUCUGGACCCGCAUGAGGCUUCAGACAGCAUACACCCUGGGGUGUACCCUGCUCCUUCCCACUCUAAUAAAAGUGCCCCUGCUUGGGUGUCAUCUGUGAAGACUGCCAGGCCUAGGCUCUCUCUAGAGUCUCCAGGAGCCCAGAGUGUGGCAGAGCUCUCUCCUGGUUGAAGAAGGGGUAUUUUUCACACUGGAAUGUGACUGUGUAUGUGUGCGUAUAUGUAUAUGUAUAUAUAUAUUAAAACAAGUUUGUUGACA